AUGGACCCCCGCACAUCCGCCCCUCAGAUUCCCCUACACCUCACAGCGCUCGCCAUCCUCUCACCGGCCAACGCGCCGUUGUACGUCCGGAGCUUUACAGGCGAGCAGGAUGAGUUGAGGCAUUAUCACCUCGCGCAUGCCGCGGUGGAUGUGAUCGAGGAGCGGAUCGUCAUGGCUAGCACGCCAACCAAACCUGCCGAUUCAUACCUCGGUCUCCUGUUCUGCAUGGAGGAUAUGGCAUUCUACGGCUUUCAAACGGCCUCUAAAAUUAGGAUGGUCCUCUCGGUCGCGCUCGUCGACGCCAUGAUCAAGGAUGCUGAUAUCGUCGCGAUUUUCCGCGCAGUACACCACCUCCUCCUUCAAGCCAUACACAACCCCUUCCUGUCCCUCCCACCCUCCUUCCACGCCAAGCACGCCGUAUCGAGCAAUACCGAGACUGAACAUCAGCAGCGAGGGCAGAAUGUACUGGGUGGGAAGAUGUUCGGGACGGAUCCGGACGAUAUACGGCCCGAGUGGCUCAAGGGGAGUGGGGCGUUCGAGAGGGGGAUAAGUAAGAUUGGGGGGAUGUUGAAUGGGGGGAGGUAG